CUCACACACACACACACACACAGAGGAGGAGAGCAGAGCAGAGUCAGUGCUGCCGCCGACACGAGCUCACAGACACACAGACCCCGUGGUUAUUCCCACACCACCUCGCAGCUUAACCUGCGCCUGCACACACGCGGGACUCGGACUCGCGGCUCUACUUACACAUUCACAUCGUUUUUUGUGGGUUUUUCUUUUUUUUUUUGGACUUUAGGGUUUUGGUUUGGACCGGCAGCAGACCCGUUUGGUGGACGGACGAAGCGGGGGGAGUUUAUCCCAGUAUAUCCCCCGAAGUGGACCGAGGAGGAGUUGUGUGCGUGUAUGUGUUCCACGCGUCGCGUGUCAUGGGAAAAAGUGGACAGAGAAGUGGAAUAGGACACGAGGGCAGCGGCUCGGCGAGGAUGUGCACCACGCAGGGGAUCCUGCUCCUCCUGGUGCUCGUACACCAAGGAGUCUCCCAAGCGAGAGACGACGAUGACUUCUUGAGUCUGAGCGAGCUCCCGGAGACCUUCCCCUCCGACCCUCCAGAGCCCUUGCCUCACUUCCUGUUUGAACCCGAGGAAGGCUACAUCGUCAAGAAUAAGCCCGUCAAUCUCUACUGCAAAGCAACGCCCGCCACACAGAUCUACUUCAAGUGCAACAGCGAGUGGGUCCAUCAGAAGGACCACACUGUGGAGGAGAGGGUGGAUGAAAACUCGGGGCUGGUGGUCAGAGAAGCCACUAUAGAAAUAACACGGCUGCAAGUCGAAGAGUACUUUGGUCUCGAAGAUUACUGGUGUCAGUGUGUGGCCUGGAGUUCUGCUGGAACCACCAAAAGUCGCAAGGCAUUUGUCCGCAUUGCAUAUCUGAAGAAGUCAUUUGAACAAGAACCUCUGGGUAAAGAAGUAUCUCUGGAGCAGGAAGUACUGUUGCAGUGUCGUCCUCCGGAGGGCGUACCAGCUGCUGAGGUGGAGUGGUUGAAGAAUGAAGAGAUAAUCGACCCGGCAGAGGACAGAAACUUUUACAUCACCAUCGACCACAACUUGAUCAUCAAGCAGGCGCGUCUGUCCGACACGGCCAACUACACGUGUGUGGCCAAGAACAUCGUCGCCAAAAGAAGAAGCACUACAGCAACUGUCAUUGUUUACGUGAAUGGCGGUUGGUCGACAUGGACAGAGUGGUCAGUGUGUAACAGCCGCUGUGGUCGAGGCUUCCAGAAACGAACCCGGAGCUGCACUAAUCCCGCACCUCUUAACGGAGGAAUGCCCUGUGAUGGACAGGCCAUCCAGAAGCUGUCCUGCACCACACUGUGCACCGUGGACGGAGUGUGGACAGAAUGGAGUAAGUGGUCCGCCUGUGGGACAGAGUGUACCCAGUGGAGAAGGAGGGAAUGCAACAACCCCGCUCCUAAAAACGGAGGAAAGGACUGCGAAGGCCUCGUGCUGCAGUCGCAGAACUGCACCGACGGACUCUGUAUGCAAAGUUCAUUGUUUCAGAAGUCCACUGAGUCCAAAGAAAAGAGUGAUUUGGGAAUCCCAUCUGCUCCAAGUACAGACGACGUGGCGCUUUACGUGGGCAUCGUCAUCGCCGUGAUCAUGUGCCUGGUCAUCUCGGUCAUCGUGGCCCUCUUCGUCUAUCGCAAGACGCAUCGCGACUUUGACUCGGUCAUCAUCGACACGUCGGCGCUCAACGGGGGCUUCCAGUCCGUUAACAUCAAGACAGCCAGAUCAGCUGAUCUACUGACGGUGCCUCCUGACUUGACGAAUGCAGCUGCCAUGUAUCGCGGUCCGGUCUAUGCCCUCCACGAUGUUUCGGAUAAGAUCCCGAUGACCAACUCCCCUCUCUUAGACCCUCUUCCCAACUUGAAGAUUAAAGUCUACAACUCUUCGGGUCUGGUCACGCCACAGGACGACCUUGGAGGAGACUUCACAUCCAAACUAUCCCCGAAGGUAACUCAGUCUCUGCUGGAUAACAGCGACACCAUGAACUUCCGCAACAUGAGCUUGGCGCGCACGCGAGACCCUUCCUGCACGGCUCACGGGUCCUUCAACAACCAGGGAGGACACCUUAUUGUACCAAACUCAGGUGUUAGUUUGUUGGUGCCAGCGGGUGCAGUUCCUCAUGGUAGGGUGUAUGAGAUGUAUGUGACUGUGCACAGGAAGGACAGCUUGAGACCCCCAGUAGAGGACAUACAGACUGUGGUGAGCCCAGUGGUGAGUUGUGGACCUCCAGGAGCUCUGCUGACCAGACCAGUGAUCCUCACCAUCCACCACUGUGCUGACAACGUCCAGGAAGAGUGGUUCAUUCAGCUGAAAAACCAACUGGCCAUGGGAGAAUGGGAGGAUGUGGUUGUCGUGGGAGAGGAAAACUUCACCACCCCCUGCUAUGUGCAGAUGGACUCAGAGGCAUGUCACAUCUUAACAGAGACGCUGGGGACUUACUGCCUGGUGGGCCAAUCAAUCAGCAAGGCAGCAGCUAAGAGGCUCAAACUGGCUGUUUUUGGACCUGUCUCCUGCACAACGGUGGACUAUCACAUCAGGGUCUAUUGUCUUGAUGACACACAGGACGCACUCAAGGAGGUUCUUCAAAUGGAGACCCAGAUGGGAGGGAAACUUCUUGACGAGCCAAAGACUCUGAACUUUAAAGACAGCUCACAUAAUCUGAGACUGUCAAUCCACGACGUGCCGCACACGCACUGGAAGAGCAAGCUCAUCGCAAAGUAUCAGGAGAUCCCAUUCUACCAGGUGUGGAGUGGCAGUCAGAGAAGUCUUCACUGCACCUUCACCCUGGAGAGACUGAGCUCGGCCACCACAGAGAUCAGCUGCAAACUGUGUGUGCGGCAAGUGGAAGGAGAAGGACAGAUCUUUCAGAUCAGCAACACUUUGGAGGAGGAGCUCCAGUGCAUAGACACGUCCCUGAUGGAUCCUGCAAGUAACAUCACGACCUUAGUGGGGCCCAAUGCCUUUCGCAUCCCUUUAUCCAUCAGACAAAAGCUGUGUGGAAGUCUGGAUGCACCGCAGACCAGAGGCAAUGACUGGAGGAUGCUGGCCCACAAACUCAACCUUGACAGAUACCUGAACUACUUUGCCACCAAGUCCAGUCCAACAGGUGUGAUCUUAGAUCUGUGGGAGGUCCAGCACUUCCCUGAUGGAGGCCUUAAUGAACUGGCCGCUGUGCUGGAAGAGAUGGGUCGCCAUGACGGCACCCUUGCCUCCAUGACAACAGAACAUUGACAAAGCAAAAGAAAAGAAAAAAAGGUUGCCCAGACAGUGACAGAACUCUGAAGAAGAUUACACAUGGAAUUCUCUCCGGUUGAUGCUGCAGCAAGGGCAAUGAACGACUUUGAUGUGAGCGAAAAAGAAAAGUUGUUGCCAUGGUGAUUGAGCUCCAGUUAAAUACCACGGUACUCAUGCCGACAUGGUAACGGACAGAACGAGAAGGCUUGAGCUGGUGCUGCAAAUGAUGUGUGUGUGUUUUUCUCUGUGUGUGUGUGUGUGUGUAUUCGUGGGAUGUUGCAGUGUCCACACGUGACCGAAGGAGAGAGAUAAACCAACACGACCACACAAACAAGAGUCUAUCAGGAACAAACAAAACACACGCCUAACAACAACAACAACAACAACAAAAGACAUUGUCUCAUGUAACACAAGUUGUUCUCUUGCAGUUACUUUAUACGGAACAAAGACAAGGAAGGGGAAAAAACAAAAGACAACCAGCGUAGCGACCUUGAAAUUCUCUAUAGGAAUGGAACAGAAUCAUUAAAGGGAGAGCGGGUUAAACUGAUUACAGUGAACUGGGGAAAAAGGUAGAUUGAGGAAACAGAGUGAGUGAAAGAAAGUAAGGGAGAUAAACUGAUUACGGGGGGACAGGAACAUCUAAACAUAGAAUGAUGGGAGACGUUGGCAGGCGAUCAUCUGAAAGAAAAUGGGAAAUGGAAAACAGAUAAUGAGAUAGCGGGGAGAUAAAGAAGUGAUCCCUCUCGUCUCCUGUGAGCCUUGGCUGUACGUGUUUGCCAGUACAGUUGGUUUUCUUGAUAUAGUUUCCUAGGGAACGCUCUAUGUAUUCUGGUGUCCAUAUGUGUGGAUCAUUUUCCUGCAAACGACAGUUUGUGUCGUGACCGCGAGUCAAGGAUCCUGACCAGAAACAAGUCAGCUGACAAAAACAUCGCAAAUUCGGAGCAAACAAACAUAAAAAAAGGGAAAGAUUUGAAAUAAUGCAGGCCGCAGGAAACACUGUCCACUUUACUUUCAAUGUUUGCGCAUCUCAUUUUUGUAAAAGAAAAGAAAAAACUCGAGUGUAUGUGUAUUUAAUUUUAUACUUUCAUUCGUUAAAUCGUCUGUUUUGAGGUAUAUUUACUAUGAAGCUUAUGAUAAACAGAUAAAGAAGCAGACCGUCUGCUAUUUACUUUUUAUACUACAGUACAAGUACACAUAUUUAGUUUUAAAAUGAUUUAUAAAAAUGACAUCUUGUUGCUCAGGAAGCAAGACAAGUAUACAGCAGAUGCUGUGUUCUCUGCACAUAUCACACACAUUCAAUUCUCCAAACCCUGAAACCGCCAGUUGAACUUCUACUCCUCUGUUUGACCCCAGAGAGGAGUUGUUUGGCGAUGCAUGUUGGGGAAUUCCAGUCGCUAACAGACGGACUGUCGGGGCUUGUUUCUGGACGGGGUCCAACGCAGAGGGUAGAGAGAAAGAGAGAAAGAGAGAGACGAAGCAAAAAUGGAUGAACUACAUCAUAAAUGCAGGUGAUAGUCUGCACACAAAUAUACAGAUUUGUUCUCACGUCAAUGUGCAUAUUCUGUGUCCUAUCGUCACGGGGAUGUCAGCUGCUGUCUGACGCCAUGCCACGUAUAAUCACCAACCAUGACUUUGCUGGUCACUAGCACCAUCCAGUGGCCUUUGAAUAACAAGCACUUUCAUUUUGUUGUUUUUUUUUCUUCAAUUGUCUCAAACAUGUAAAUAUAUGAUUACCAUAUUCAUCAUAAGGACCUUGUAUUACCAUAACAUUUGUGUUCAGUGCUGUCUUUUUUUUAUUAUUAUUAUUGUUAUUCUUAUUGUGUUAUUUACAUUAACUUUUUUUGUUUGUUGCCAUUUUGAUGGGUUUUUUUUAUUAGAUGUGAACUGUGUGGGGUGAAAUCUGUAACUUUGUUCUCAGUAUUCUGUCCGCAACUAACAUUCCAACGCGUCAUGUAUAUGAUAAAAUGAUAUAUGUAUAUAUAUACAUAUAUAUAUAUGCAUAUAUAUAUAUAUAUAUGCAUAUAUAUAUAUAUAUAUAUAUAUAUAUAGUUGCAAUUUAGGGAUAAAAAUCAGGAUAGCGAUGCAGGCUGUAUAAAGCUAAGAAGCGCGAGCCGUGCACUGACCCCAACAGACGAUGACGUCUGACGAAAAAGGUGCAAGCCUUAUUUUUUAAGUGGCUUUCAGUUUCAAAUGAGAAGCGUGUAACAUGUCCAAAAAAAGAGAGAGAGAGAGUUUGGAUAUCUGUGCUCAGAACUAUGGAGAGACGCCAUAUGAAACGAGAUGAAGAGGAGAUACUGCGAAGAAAACCAAGUAGGCUCCAUUAACACUGGUGCAAAAGGUCAGAUGUUGCCUGCUUAUGACAGAUUUCAUCUGCCCACACACACACACACAUUUUCAUAUUGAUUUUUUUUACCCUUGUCUGUGUUCAUCAGUUGUAAAGUUAAAUCAAACCCCCUUUUGGACCAGUGUUAAAACACAAACGCAGCGUCCCCAAAAUAUGUUUGUUAGUAUUUUGGACAGCCUUAAGAACCAAAUUAGAAGACGGUGCAAAUGGUUAAAUGAGCGCGAGUGGAUGUUUUUUUUGUUUUUUUGUUGUUGUAUGUUUUCAAAUGUAACCGCUGAUGUCAGGUGUGAGGGAAUCAAAAGGGAAGAGUCGCGCGUGUUUUUACGAGGAUACAAGCCUAAAAAAAACAAUUCAACGUUUCACAAGGGGAAACGUGGACCCAAAGGUAAUAAAUGACGACGUUUCUUUCAUACGACACGAUCAUCUACGGCAGAUUUCAGUCAUUAACGGUCAGAGAAAAGAAAAAUCAUCCUGAAUUUGAUCUGGUUAAAAAAAAAGAAAAGAGUUUCCAUAUGAGGAGAGGAACGCUUCGGCCUCCAGCAGGUGAUUCCCUCAUGAUGUGAAAACGGCAAAAGAAAAGUAGUGUUAAGAGAUCAAAAGUGUGUAAAAAAAAAAUAUUUUUUAUCCACAGUAUGUACAGUUGUGUACUGUCAGCUAUAUUUGGCAAAUUUCCGAACAUAAAAAGAACAGUACCGUUAGAUACUAGUUUGUAUGUGUAAAGUUUUUUGGGUUUUUUUUUUAUUUAAGUUUCUUUCCUUUUUUGUAAAAGCUGUGUCUACUAUGCAAACUUGGCAUUGGUUAUCCCGAUAGAAGUCUAUAACUAGAGCUGUUCCUGUAAAUGCAUUGUUAUUUUACUAUAAAGGAGUGAUUUCAUUUGAUUAGUGCAGGGUAAUGUUGGUCCAUUUUAGCUAAUUCUGGCACGCUUCAUGAAUCUUGCUCAGUCUUGCUGAAUGCUUGCCUCUCUAUCUCCUCUAAUUGUUUUCUGUACAAACUGUAAGAAAGAAUUUUUAAAACAAUUAAUAAAUUAUAUUUAUAAGCAAUGCUGAAA